CAGGUAUGACCAGUGACGUCAUUACAAGGUGACACCCACCACCUCGAUUGUCUUUUCCUCAGCGGCGCAGUGAGUCGAGAGUUCAGUUGAGCCGCUUCACUUCACCAAAAGUAGUGGUGGAGAAUUUCUUUUUUCCCUCCUCUCCACCGGGAGGUUGCUCCUCUUCGUUCUAAAGGUUACUCGAGGCGAAGCGUUCUUCCUUGUCUGUCGGACUUCACGAGCGUGAGCUUCCAAGAUCAGCGGCCAGGAUGUCCUCCCAAUGCCCAAAUGACCUGUGUGUGAUAUGCGGAGUGGCCCUGCAGGGCAACCAAAGGCGUUGGUUAUUUGGGGGCCAGCACAAGAAAUCAAUUUGGGCUCAGACCCCCAAAAGGUCCCUGAGAACAGGAAGCCUGUCGGGGUCCUCGCCAAGCACUCCCUGGAGCAGUAUGACCUCCCUGUGCUCGUCAUCUUCUCUCUCCAAGUCCCAGCUGUCCCUUAGCUCUCAGUCCAAAUCCUUGGACCUCCUUUCGGUUCUGACGCAUAUCCUGGGAGGACCGGUGUCCCGCGCCGUCGGCCGCGGGGAGUUUGUGUGCGGCAAGUGCAGCGGCGUCCUGGAGCGUGUCUUCAGGUUCGACACGGUCAUCGCCAGGGUGAGGGCGCUGUCCUCGGAGAGGCUCAACAAGCUGACCCACGAGCGAGACCGCGUCCGGCGUUGGGUGCGAAGCAACUACGUCCGCAGGCACCCUCGGGAGCAGGGCGAGGAAGAGGAAGAGGAAGAGGGAGGAGAUGAAGACAAGGAUGACUACAGAGACAUGCUGAAGGACAACAUGGCUCUGGCAGAGUACGAGUGCUGGUCGGAGAAGUGGGACACGUGCCCGUACUUUAUACGAACAGGUAAAAGGUGCCGAAAGGGUCAAAACUGCGAAGGCUGCGACUCCUUGCGCGUGUCCGACUCUGAUUACGAGUCAGUGUGCGGCGUACCUCGACGUAUGCCGUACCAAGCCUUCUCCCCUCUGCUUCUGUCGCGGGACAAAUCCCAGAGCAUGCCGCUCCACUGGCACCGAAUCCCGUCCACCUGCUCCAGUCCCGCCUCGCUGGCGGCAUCCACCUUCUCCCUGCGGACCCCAUCCAUCCAGUCUCUGGACUCCCUGGACAACUUCGACAUAUCGGACUCGCUCGGCUACCGGUCGGUCAGUUCGGUCCUCAGGGAGAUCCGACGUCUGGGAGGGAGGCCGGUCCGCUCGCCGGUUGGGAGCAAGAUUCCCGUCCUGGCCGGGAGGAGCAGGAGGAGAAGUUCUAGUGAGAUGACGUCACCUGUGGUAAACAGAAACCUGAGCUUUGAGGAGAAUGGCGGUCACCACACUGAAGAGGAGCAAGAGGAGGAGGAUGAUGUUCUGAUGGAGAUGAAGGAUGAGUUCUUGCCUCUGCAUCAACAGGGCGCCUCCCGCAGGCUCCAUCAGGUGGUCAGGCACUUGCGAGGGCAGCUCGACCAGGCCGAGGCUCGUAUCAGGACCCUGGAGGCCCAGCUGAAACCUGAGAUACUACACGAUGAUGAUGCUACCAAGGACUGGACGCAUAUUGUGCGUGAGGAGGACGCCGCCUCCCUUCUGCCCGGCCUGGCUCGUUCCCUGCACAGUCGGGAUCGGCUCAUCCAGGAAUGCAUGAGCGUGAUCAGGAGAGUUUGUGCGGAGGGAGGAGGAAAAGGCCAGCUCGCCGACCAGAUCGCCAAGAAACUCAGCGAGAACCUGAAAGAAAUUGUCAGCGACAACAAGAGUACCAUGGAGAGUUUUGUGCUUGAGUUGGUCGAGAAAGAAAGGCAUCUUGAAGAAGAGGUUUCUUCCUUGAGGAAGGCAGCAGGAGACCGGGAGAAAGAUCUGGACACCCUCAACAUGGUGUUGCAGUGCAACCAGGACAUCAUUGACGAACUUCACGUGGCACUGGACGAGAAGCAGCGCCUCCUGCAGGAGCUGGAGAAUGAGAGGGAGGUGUGGAGCCAGAGGGACCGGGCCCUCGCCGCCACCAUGCAAGAGAAGGACGAACUGGUCCGCGUCCUCAAGGUGGAGCUGGAGAGCAGUAUGAAAGAUGUUCAGGCUCUCUCAGACUCUGUGAUUGGCCAAGGCUUGUUGGGGGGCGGGGCCGAGGCCUCCCUGGCCUCCCAGCUUCAGGAGAAGCAGAGUCACUUGGCUGCCUUGUUGGAGGAGAGAGAGAAACAGAGCGCCACCUUGUGCCAGGAAGUCACCAAACUCACCGCCGCUCUACAGGAGUACCAGAACGUCGUUCAGAGUCAGCAGGAGAGCUACGAACGGACGACGUCGUCGCUGACGGCUCGACUGACGGACGCUAGGCGGGCGCUGCGCGACGAAGAGCGCCGCAGGAAGGAGGCCGAGAGAACGAGACACAACCAGCGAGAGGACGGCAAGAGGGCAGAGAGGAAGCUGAGAGACAGUCUGGAGAAGAGGGACCAAAUCAUACAGCAAAUCCUCCAAGACGCUGAGGAGCGUGACCGUCAGUUGGUGGAACUCCAGCACAACUUGCAGAAGAGACGUGACGAGUACGUGUCGGCCGUCAAACACGCUCUGUGAGCGGUACGGAAACGGACCACCAGAUGAAGACCUUGCACUUUUAGAGUGGUACUACUUGUAGGCGGGUAUUUAGUUUCUAUUUAUCUCCACAGGUUUGCACUUUUACCUGCCAGGUUUGUUUACGGUCAUGCAAAUUGUACGGAGGUCUCAAACCUCAAGAAUCAGCCAAUGUGGAGACGCUGAAUUUAGAAAAUUUGCACAUCACUGUUAAUGUUCAUACUACUUUCUUUGGAAGGCUGUGCGUCAAAUCAGCUUUUUGUUUCGUUUUGAAUUAUCAACCAAAAUGAUCUUUUUCAAGAUCUACUUUGGUCCUUUGCUUUUCUAUAAUUGGCAUGUUUCUGGGUCUUUUGUUUUUCAGUGUUCCUUCAAUGAAUGUAAUGUCUGGGAAGUGAGUGUUUUUUUUAUUUUUAGUUCAAGAGAAUUAAAUGCUCUGAUCCAC